AUGGAUCCUCUAGGUUUGUAUGUGCGUCUGCAGCUGUUCCUCAGUACAAUGCUAGGGCUGUGUCUGGGCCUGGAGUUCACUGGAACUCAAGGCCAGUGGGCGCGCUACCUCCGCUGGGACGCUAGCACACGUGGCGACCUCAGCUUCCAGUUCAAGACCGAGGCGUCCACCGCGCUUCUGCUCUACUUUGAUGACGGGGGCUACUGCGACUUCCUGCAGCUGAUGGUGGUGGAGGGCAAGCUGCAGCUGCGCUUCAGCAUCGACUGCGCUGAGACCAGUGUGGUCUCUGACAAACGGGUCAACGACAGCAGCUGGCACUUCGCCACUCUGAGCCGCUUCAACCUGCGGACGGUUCUGGGGCUGGAUGGCGCGGCCAAGGCUGACGAGGUGCGGCCCCAGCGCCAGUUCAUGAAGAUCGUGAGCGAUCUGUUCAUAGGCGGAGUUCCGCUGGACAUCCGCACGUCAGCGCUCACCCUGCCAACGGUUCGCAACGCACCGCCGUUCGUCGGGGUUAUUACGGAUCUCAAGUACGGCAACACGGAACCCACUCUCCUCAGCAGUCUGAAGGUCCGGCUGGAGUCGGACGGGAGGUGCACGGAGAACCUGUGCGAGAAUGGUGGGAGCUGUUCCGUGGUGGACGGAGAACCACUCUGCGAUUGUUCCAAAACGGAAUACAAGGGCCGCUUCUGCAACGAAGACGUCAGCAACAAUAUCCAAGGGACCCUGGAGAUGCUGAACACAGUACAGUGACUCAUCUACAGACGGGUCUUGUAUUUAAAACCAAUACUGUGUUUUCCUAC